AUGGCCCCAAGUCCGGGGAAGGUUCGCCCUCCUCUUUGCUCCCUUCCAACGUCUUUACUUUCUCACAUCUCUGGCGAAUGCUUCAGAUACCUCAUCAUGCCCGACGACACAUCCAAACCAACAUCUAUUCCCUCAUGGCAGAGGCCCAAUAAGGCGGCCGAGGAGUCGCCAUCGUCGACCUCCGACGAUGCGCCCGCAACUACAGACUCUACAUCCCGACAAGCUCUCCGAGACCAAGCACUCAAAUUCCUAGAAGACGUGUCAAUCCGUGAUGCACCAACAGAUCGCAAAGUGUCAUUCCUCGAGUCAAAAGGUCUCAGCUCAGACGAUAUCGAGCAGGUCCUCGGUGUCUCCCGCAACGCAGAGGCGAGCAGCAGCUCAACCCCAGUGGAAGAUAAACCACAGGAAGAGACACCAUCUACCCCACCUACUCAAUCCGAAGCCAUUACUUCUCCUCCCACUACAUCCUUGCCAUCCUCCAACACCAUGCCUCAAUCGCACUCCGCACCAGCGCCAACGCCAACUCCCGCCCCCCGCGACGUGCCCCCGAUAAUCACAUACCCAGAAUUCCUCUUCGAGUCCUCCAAGCCGCCACCGCUAGUGACAAUGCGCAGUCUUCUGUACACACUAUACGGCGCCGCAGGUCUAGGAGCCAGUCUCUACGGCGCAAGCGAAUACCUAGUGAAACCAAUGCUAGCGAAUUUAACAAGCGCACGACACGAACUCGCCAGCGCAGCCGAAGCAAACCUGCAAAAGCUAAACGAGAAGCUGGAGAAGACCGUAUCUGUGAUUCCGGCAGAGUUAACAGAACUCAAGCUCAAGCCCUACAGCGACGAAGACGACGACGCCUCGUCGAUCACCUCAGACCCAACCGAGCUGUUCCACCGAGACGUCGCAACGCAGACGAGCCCAGAGCCCACUCCGGUUCCGAGCACCGCCGGCGUCGUCAACUCCGCAGACUCGGCCGUCUCUCCAUCAACGGCGGUGAACAACCACAUCAGCCGCGUUGAGUCUAUUACUUCGAAGCUGCGCGAGAUCGUCAAUUCGGAGAAGGAAGCGAGUACGCUAGAUGACUCUAUGCGUACACGCCUCACGGAGCUGCAUCAUUAUUGCGACGGGUUGAUCUAUAGUGGUCCAACCUACUCUUCUGGGUCGUCGUACGGGGUUUGGAAUUCCAAUAACUCAGGCUCGAGUGAUAGCUCCGGUCACCGAAAGGCGGAGGACGAGGCUAUUGCUGGGUUUAGGGCGGAUAUUCGUGGUGUGAAGGGCGCGCUGUUGAGUGCGCGUAACUUCCCCGCCAGUCGAGGUGGACGGCUUGGUGGUCUUCCUGUCGGUGGACGGUGA